UAAAUGCUCAUUUAGAUAGAAAAAAUCUCAAAAAGUUACACAUUUUAAAAAGUAGGCAAAUACUACAACAAUAAUAAUUUUUCUCUGUUGUUUUAAAGAGAUGGAGGUCUCACUAUGUUUCUCAUACUGUUCUGGAACUCUUGGAUUCAUGCAUUCCCCUUGCCUCAGACUCCUAAGUAUCUGGGACUACAGGCAUGUGCCACAAGUCCUGGCUCCCCUACAUUAAGGGUAGCAUUUUUACCACAUCUUUCUAUGAUAGCAAUGUUAUAACUUUCUGUAGAGAGAACAGAAGGGUCUGUCAUUCCUCCAGGGUGGUUGAUCCUAUCUGCUUUCUAUUAGUGACAAUGUAGUUCUUUCAGCUUCACAACUCACCAUAUGUCCUUUCAAUUUUUAGGAUUGUUGUCAUGUUUGAAAAACCUGUAUCAGGUUUCUUUUACACAUGAGCUAUGGGGGAGUUCAAGGCAUUCAAGGUUUCUUAUGCAGUGACCAUAGGGCCUUGGAAAGGGGCAGGCAGCCAUGGCACCUAGUACUGGCCUGAACAAGCCAAGAAGCCGAGACCAGUCAGACGCAGGGACAGAAAACAGGACGCACUGGCCGCUGGACUCUGCCACCGCCCCCUUCUCCCUGCCGUCUGCGCCCGGAGGAUGAGCCCAGCCUUCAGGGCCAUGGACAUGGAGCCCCGCGCCAAGGGUGUCCUGCUGGAGCCCUUUGUCCACCAGGUCGGGGGCCACUCGUGCGUGCUCCGCUUCAAUGAGACAACCCUGUGCAAGCCCCUGGUCCCGAGGGAACAUCAGUUCUACGAGACCCUCCCAGCCGAGAUGCGCAAAUUUACUCCCCAGUACAAAGGUGUAGUAUCUGUACGCUUUGAAGAAGAUGAAGACAGGAACUUGUGUUUAAUAGCAUAUCCACUAAAAGGGGACCAUGGAACUGUGGACAUUGUAGAUAAUUCAGACUGUGAGCCAAAAAGUAAGCUCCUAAGGUGGGCAAACAAAAAACAUCACGGCCUAGAAACAGAAAAGACUCCCAAGGACUGGGUGCGUCAGCACCGGAAAGAGGAGAAGUUGAAGAACCAUAAGUUAGAAGAAGAAUUUGAGUGGCUAAAGAAAUCUGAAGUCUUAUACUACAGUGUAGAGAAAAAGGGUAAUAUAAGUUCCCAACUUAAACACUAUAACCCUUGGAGCAUGAAGUGUCACCAGCAACAGUUGCAGAGAAUGAAGGAGAAUGCAAAGCAUCGGAACCAGUACAAAUUUAUCUUAUUGGAGAACCUGACUUCCCGCUAUGAGGUGCCUUGUGUCCUUGACCUCAAGAUGGGCACACGUCAACAUGGUGACGAUGCUUCAGAGGAGAAGGCAGCCAACCAGAUCCGAAAAUGUCAGCAGAGCACAUCUGCAGUCAUUGGCGUGCGUGUGUGUGGUAUGCAGGUUUACCAGGCAGGCAGUGGACAGCUAAUGUUCAUGAACAAGUACCAUGGGCGGAAGCUGUCAGUGCAGGGCUUCAAAGAAGCACUUUUCCAGUUUUUCCACAAUGGACGGUACCUGCGCCGUGAACUCCUGAGCCCUGUGCUCAAGAAGCUGGCUGAGCUGAAGGCGGUGUUAGAGCGACAGGAGUCCUACCGCUUCUACUCAAGCUCCCUGCUGGUCAUCUAUGAUGGCAAGGAGCGGCCCGAAGUGGCCCUGGACUCAGAUGCUGAGGACUUGGAGGACCUGUCAGAGGAGUCAGCAGAUGAGUCUGCUGGUGCCUACGCCUACAAGCCAGUUGGCGCCAGCUCAGUAGAUGUGCGCAUGAUCGACUUUGCACACACCACCUGCAGGCUGUAUGGCGAGGACACCGUGGUGCAUGAGGGCCAGGAUGCUGGCUAUAUCUUUGGGCUUCAGAGUCUGAUAGACAUUGUCACAGAGAUAAGCGAGGAGAGUGGGGAAUGAGCUUAUUGGCUGCUCCAGUAUCUGAGAGACUCUCUGUGUCCCAGGCACAGCUGUGCUGCGUCGGGAAGGAGGCCAGUAUGGCCAGGUGGUGGCCCCUGCAGCCUGGAGCUGAUGUGUAGUGGCCUGUGUGAGCUCCAGCCUGAGCCAGCCCCAGCUGUGCUUGGAGUCUUUAUUUAUUUUAACUAUUUCUUCAACAUUCCAUGUUUGAUGAUGCAAAUACCUCUUUCUUCCCUGAGUGUAUAUGUUCUAAUACAAAUCUUUUUGUUUAUUGUA